GCUCCUCGGCUGCGGGGGAGAAGGACAAAGUUUGGCGGCUGGCUGCCCUGACUCGCCCGCAGCGGCCAUGGAGCCCAAGCACAAGGAGCUGCUCGCUCAGUGCCGCCAGAGCCUGGCCCAGUCCAUGACCGAGGUGGACAAAGUGAUCGAGUUGCUGGAGGCUGCUGGCACCUUAAGCCCCCGCGACCUGCACGAGCUGCAGGAAGCCGCCGGAGGGGGAGCGGGGGGCGCUAGCAAGGCCGACCGGCUCAUCCAGCUGCUGCUGGCCAAGGAUCGGGACCAUUUCCAAGACCUGCGGGUGGCCCUGGAGAAAACGCAGCCUCACCUGCUCUCGAUCCUCUACCUGAACGGGGUGGCGGGGGCGCCGCCCGGAGAGACGGCCGGGUCCACUUACAGUGUGCUGUCCAUAAUGCCAUCUGAUUCCGAAAGUAGCAGUUCUCUCAGUAGCAUUGGUACAACAGGCAAAGCAUCAUCCCCACCACCUGUCUUAGACACAAGGCAGAUGAAUGAGAAACUAGAGACUAUUUUAUUUCAGCUCCGCCAGGUUACACGUGAGAGGGAUGAGUUACGCAAGCGCCUUGCACUCUCAUCUCCUGGAUCAACCUUCGAUGACUGCAGGCCUAGUCCAAAACCAAGCCAUGAUUAUGAAAGAUUGAAGAUCCAGUGUAUGAAAGCCAUGUCAGACCUACAGUCUCUACAGAAUCAACAUACGAAGACACUAAAAAGAUGUGAAGAAGCAGCCAAAGAGGCAGAUUUUUAUCAUACCUUGCAUAGUCGACUGCUGAGUGACCAGUCACAGCUGAAGGAGGACAUGGAUACCUUGAAGAGGAAGAAUACGCAGUUGGUGCGAGAGCAUAACCAUCUCCAACAAUCAUGUGAGGAAAUGAAGAGACUUCAUGAUGAGGAUCAGAAAGAGAUAACAGACCUACGCAGCCAGCAACAGCAGGUUAUGAAACAGAAUGGAUCCUCAGAGAUACUAAAUAAACUCUAUGAUACAGCAAUGGACAAGCUAGAAGGUGUGAAAAAGGAUUAUGAUGCGUUAAGGAAACGGUACAAUGAGAAGAUAGCAAGCCACAAUACAGACCUUAGCCGGCUAGAACAGACUGAGGAGGAGAACAGGCGUCUUCAGAAGCAGAUUGACAUGUUAAUGAAACAGAGGGACACAGCAAUACAUGUCCAGCAGCAGUAUUCCUCCUCUCUUAGAAGGUUUGAGUCAAUUCAGCAAGAGCUAAGCAAAGCAACUGUGCAGAACAAGGAGUUGCAGAGAGAGAUGGAGCGGUUACAGUCAGAAGUGACGCGGUUCAAAACAAUGCAGCUGAAGGCAGUGAAGGAUGCAGAGAAGUACAAGGAAGAGAGAGACUCUGUUUUCAAUGAGUAUCGCCUCAUAAUGAGUGAGAGAGACCAAGUGAUCAAAGAGGUGGAUAAGCUUCAAACUGAGCUAGAGCUUGCAGAGUCCAAACUGAAAAACACUUCCUCAGAGAAAAGAGUGGCUAGUGAAGAGAUGGAAGCUUUAAGACAGGAGCUAAACUCAGCUCUAGUGGAAAGAGAUCGAGCAAUUUGUGAGAGGAAUGAGUUGCUGGAAAAGUACUGUCAUGAAGUGAAGGACAAGGCUGAGGCCCAGAAGGAGCUUGAUCAAGCUUGCAAGGAUAUAGAGACAGUGAAGGAAGAAAGAGAUGUUGCCAGGAAAGAGAGAACAGAAGCUAUCAUCCAGAGAGACCAUCUGCUAAGGGAAUAUUACCAAGCUCGUCAGAUCCAAGAUUCUGCUACAUUGGACAUAGAAAGAGCUAACAAAGAAAUUGAAAUGCUUCGGAAGCAAUAUGAGGCCAUGUCACAGGAGCUAAAGGAAGCCGUCCAGGAAGCAGAAGUAGCCAAAUGUCGGAGAGAUUGGGCCUUUCAAGAACGGGACAAGAUAGUUGCGGAAAGAGAAAGCAUACGGACUUUGUGUGACAACUUGAGGAGAGAGCGAGACAGAGCUGUGAGUGACUUGGCAGAGGCUCUUCGCAAUCUCGAUGACAUGAGAAAGCAAAAAAAUGAUGCUGUGCGUGAACUGAAGGAACUAAAAGAGAAGAUGGAGAACCAGUUGGAAAAGGAAGCCAGGUUUCGGCAGUUGAUGGCCCACAGUUCUCAUGAUUCAGCUAUAGACACAGAUUCUCUGGAAUGGGAAACAGAAGUGGUGGAGUUUGAAAAAGACCGAGAGGAUAUGGACUUGAAAGCACUUGGUUUUGAUGUGGCAGAAGGUGUGAAUGAACCAUACUUCCCUGGAGACUGUGGGAUUUUUGUCACCAAAGUAGACAAAGGAAGUAUUGCAGAUGGUCGAUUAAGAGUGAAUGAUUGGUUGCUGAAGAUAAAUGAUGUGGAUCUUACUAAUAAGGAUAAGAAGCAAGUUAUAAAAGCUGUACUUAAUGGAGGAGGCGUUAUUAAUAUGGUGAUCCGAAGAAGGAAGUCCUUAGGCGGGAAAGUGAUAACACCUCUGCACAUCAAUCUUGCUGGGCAUAAAGAUAGUGGAAUUAGUUUAGAAAAUGGAGUAUUUGCUGCUGCUGUUGUGCCCGGUAGCCCUGCUGCCAAAGAUGGGUCCCUUGCUGUGGGAGAUAGAAUAAUUGCCAUUAAUGGCAUUGCACUAGAUAAUAAAUCACUGACUGAAUGUGAAGCUUUGCUACGAAACUGUAGGGAUUCCCUUACCCUCUCAUUGAUGAAGGUUUUUCCUCAGAGCUCAUCGUGGAGCGGUCAGAACAUAUUUGAAAACCUGAAGGAUUCAGAGAAAAUAUCGAACUGCAGGGUUCAUACAUCAGAGAUACAAGUUCAGAAUAAAAGAAACUUGAAACACAACAGUUCAACACAGACAGACAUUUUCAAUCCAGACAUCCUGGAUGGCAAGAAGGACCAGAGCGACCAGGGGAGUGGUUCGUUCUGUGAUCACAAGCCCUUUUCCAGCCAUGCUUUACGAGCAGACUCUCGCAGGAAUGCUGUGCACAGCUGCCACAGUAAUUCAGAACACAGUCUUAGUUCCUUUAGUCCAGACACUUACGGGGAACGAGGCUAUGGACUUGUUGACUUGGACGGCAGGAGGCUGCCAUUUGAGCCCACGGUAGCCGACUGCAUCAUGGUUGAGACCACGCUAGACAAAGGGCAUGGAGCUAAGCAUAGUGGUGGUACGUGGCCUAAAGUGAUGGUCAAUAUUUCAACAGCAGAAACUGAAAAGUUCUCUGUGUACAAAAAGCCAAAACAAAGGAAGUCCAUCUUCGACCCUGACACUUUCAAAAGACCACAGACUCCUCCCAAAAUGGACUAUCUCUCCCCUAAUCAGGUGUCCGCGCAUUCGCCUCAGCCCUCAAAAGCUGAAGUGGCUUCAACUCCUCCAACCCCUCCCAAGAGAAGUGACUCUAUUAAAUUUAAACAUAAACAGCAGACAAGUUCUGCAUCAGACUCUACUGUAACAACUGGAUCCCCGCCUACCAGCCCAGCUACUGCCCAUCCCCCAUUGUCCUUGGCACUUAAGCAGGACUCAGACACUCACAAGGGGCGCAGCAGGAAUGCUGGGCAUUAUUACAGGGAGGAGGGGAUCGACUGCACUCAUCUAACUUCAAGAAAAUCUUGUGAAGAUGACAUUGGCUUUCAAAGAGUUGAAGAGCCAGAGAUAAAAAGACCAAGACCAAAAUCAGCACCUGCUUUGAGACAUAAACUGACCCCUGUGCCAAUUCCUAAUCCUUCACUUCAGGUACAGAAAUACACUCCAGCCAGUGAAGAGCAUCUCUCUCCGGAGCUCCAGGAGUGGGCGCCGUAUUCACCAAAACGUUCCACUAGGCACAGUGACGGUUUUGUGUCUUCCUCCUUGUACACUGGAGCCAUGUCAGCAGGUACUGUACCAAGAAGUUUAGCACCAUGUCCUGCAGUAACUGCUGUCAUGAGAAAUCCAGUUUAUACUGCUUGGAGCCACAGAGUUCACACCAACAAUUGCCCGUCUGUUGCCAGCCAAAUCUGCCAUCAGCAUCUGCAUCCCAGUGCUCAGCACCAAGGUCGCCUGAGUUUGGACCUAAGUCACAAACACUCCAGUGAUUAUUCUGAAAACUCACGGACGAGAGCAUCACAUGGUUCAAAUUCAUUACCAUCCAGUGCAAGACUUGGUUCUUCCAGCAACUUGCAGUACAGGACGGAAAGAAUUAAGAUCCCUUUAACCCCAAGGUAUCCAAGGUCCAUCAUUGGCUCCGACAGGGGUUCACUGUCACAUUCUGAAUGUAGCAGUCCCAGCCUGAUAACCCCUCCACAAUCACCACUGAACCUGGAAACGUCUUCUUUUGCCAGCAGCCAGUCACAGAACUCGCUUUCUACAUUACCUAGGAUUUCUGUUAGCCCGGUAUCAAUUGGAGAGCGUAGAAAAGAUAGGCCGUACAUGGAAGAACCACGCCAUGUUAAAGUGCAAAAGGGUUCUGAGCCCCUAGGGAUUUCCAUUGUGAGUGGAGAAAACGGUGGGAUAUUUGUGUCUAAAGUAACUGGUGGGAGCAUUGCCCAUCAAGCUGGCCUUGAAUAUGGUGAUCAGUUACUGGAGUUCAAUGGAAUAAAUCUGAGAAAUGCUACAGAGCAGCAGGCUCGACUGAUCAUUGGACAGCAAUGUGACACUAUUACUAUUCUGGCUCAGUACAACCCACAUAUGUAUCAACUUGGCAAUCACUCACGAUCGAGUUCUCGCUUAGAACCAGUGAGCAAUCAUUCCACUCCUCAAGGCAGUGGAGCUGCAACCCCUGACAAUCAUUCCAUAAUAGAUACUGUGAGUGAACAGGAUGAAGGAACAAUGACACCUCCAUCCAAACAAACCACACCUACAACUAGUCCCCGGAAUUCCAUGAGGGUCCCUGUGGACACAAACAAGAGGACCCCUGAACCAAGAAAUGUUGUCAUUAAAAAAUCCCAAGUGGAGCUUGGAAUCCAGAUAUGUGGUGGAAACCUGCAUGGAAUAUUUGUGUCUGAUGUAGAAGAUGACAGCCCAGCAAAAGGACCUGAUGGACUAGUAACGGGAGACAUGAUACUUGAGUAUGGAUCUGUUGAUAUGCGAAAUAAAACAGCUGAGGAAGCCUACCUUGAAAUGCUGAAGCCAGGAGAAAAUAUAAGCGUAAAGACUCAGUACAGACUAGAAGAAUUCAACAAGAUUAAAGAGUUACCUGGAGAUGGAUUCUAUAUCAGAGCACUUUAUGAUCGGCUGGCAGAGGUGGAGCAGGAUUUAAACUUUAAGAAGGAUGACAUUUUGUAUGUUGAUGAUACUCUACCACAGGGGAACUUUGGUUGCUGGAUGGCUUGGCAGCUGGAUGAGAAUGCUCAAAAGCUAGAGAGAGGACAGAUUCCCAGCAAAUAUAUGAUGGACCAGGAGUUCUAUAGGAGACACAGUAUGUCUGAGGCUAAAGAUGAAAACAGCUCCACUAAGACUUUGUCAGCAGCAGCUCGAAGAUCAUUCUUUAGAAGAAAACAUAAACACAAGCGUAGUGGUUCCAAAGAUGGAAAAGAUUUACUGGCUCUUGAUACAAUCAGUACAGACUCCAUUCCUUUCUUGGAUGAUUCUGUGAGUCUGGCUUAUCAGCGUGUACAGAAAGUGGAUUGUACCUCUCCCAGGCCCGUACUCAUUCUAGGACCAUUACCUGAUGCUGUGAAGGACAUGCUAGUCAAAGAAUCUCCUGGAAAAUUUUGCAGAUGUCCCCUUGAAGUGAUGAAAGCUUCCCAACAAGCCAUCGAACGCGGAGUGAAAGACUGUUUGUUUAUAGAUUACAAACGAAGGAGUGGACAUUUUGAUGUGACAACAGUAGCUUCAAUAAAGGAGAUAACAGAGAAGGAUUGUCAUUGUCUAUUGGACAUUGCUCCUCAUGCCAUUGAACGGCUCCACAGUGUUCAUAUCUACCCUAUUGUCAUCUUCAUUCGAUACAAAAACGCUAAGCAAAUCAAACUAGCGUUAGCUGUGGUCACAGAGGCUUUUUCAGGCACAACUAUUAAGACAUGUAUUGUCCAGGGAGGAGCCCUUUCAAGCAUUUGCACUCAGAUUAUGACAACUGUUGAUCAAGAACAAAAUAAAGUCCUGUGGAUUCCAGCUGGCCCGCUAUAGAUAUUUGCUGUGAAACUCUUCUACGGAUGUAACUAACAGUUGGCUUUUCUUUUUGUCCAAUGGACACUGUCCAUUUUUAUCUCUAUAGAGAUAUAAAUGAUUGAUUUAUGAAGGGGAUUGAUACACUGAACAAAAAAACAUCCACAAGGUGUGCUGGAAGAGAGAGAUCACUUUAUCAGAAGAACUUGUAUUUUAUGGUGUGCUUUUAUACAAAACAGAAUGGGAUAUAACGUAGGUGUACUUUUUCAUAAGAGAUUUAGUGAAGCUGCGAAACAAAAACCCUUUAGAAUGACAAGUUUACAAAAACCUUUUCCAAGUAUUUGGUUGUUGAUGUUUACUUGAAUGUCUUUUUUUUUUUUUUUUAAGUUUGUUUCCUUUUCCCCAAAUGAGGCAUAUCUCCAAAAUGGAGUGACGUUUUUACAUAUGAAUGAAAUGGUUGUGGGCAGUGUGCUUCUACCUUGCAAUUCUGACCAUUUCCGAGCACACUGUUGACAUGACUACCGGGUAAUCACAUGGGUUUUGUGAACGGUACAUUUUGGGAGUGAGCUCAGAAGGAAGUGCACUCCUCUACAGGGCAGACCACUGUUGAUAAAAUACAAACGCUUGUCUGUCAAAGAUACUGUUUUUCGUUUUUAUGCAUGGAUCGAAUAUUUAAACAUCAUAAUAUAUCUGAUCAAUCUAAAC